AGUUAAACCUUGUUGAAGGCUGUUUGUUCACCGGGCAGAGGCUCCAAAGCCAAUGGACUCUGUCAAGAUUUCGCCUCUUGGCACUCUUGCUUUCUGCCUUGGGGGCCACUCUUGGGGGCCAAGGGACGCACCGAACACUUGGGGGGCAAUGAAGGCUACACCCCGUAAUAGGGCAGGGCUGGGUUUUAAAUUGGGGGUACGGCUAAUUUUUUAUGCCAGCUGCAAGGGCUUGUUUCAGGCCUUACAGUUUAGUUUUCAGGUGUUUCCCACCCAGGGGUGUCUGCAGGAGGGUCAAAAGAGUCAAGAUGGCAGCUACAACCAUCACAAAAUGUGUUCAGUGGCACCUUGACUUUUGAUUGUGAGCUGCCCCAUACAAGUUCAAUCUGUUGUUCCUCCUCUUCCUCCUUUCCACCCACCUUUCCUGUUCCCACCUCAAAAUGCUAGGGCUCCUGGUUUUCCUCAACCAUGUUCAGAAGAAUUUGAGGGCUGCACAAAGGGGACUUGAGGACGACAUGCAGACUUGGGGUUGCCGAUCGCUGCCCCCCAUCACCAAGGUUUCUUUGCAACAAAAACCGCCUCACCUUUUCUUCUUUUGCAGCAACACCACUGCCUAGCAACCUUACUCCAUUUCAGAAACAGUCUGAUCAGCAGGCUCUGGGGAAGCCCUCCUUCCUCCAUCGCUCUUGCAGGUUGCAGGACGGCGCUGCGGUGCCUGUUCCCCCACCCCCCCACCACUACACAGGGGAGAUGGAGCCAACUCCAGCAGCAGUGCUGUCUCAGGUUAUUCCUACUUGCCAUUGCAUCUGUUUAUUGAUUAAUAAACUGGGAUUGCACAACAGAGCAAGCCCUGAACAAGGCUUUACAGAUCUUGCUGGCUGGAUUCACACACCUCAAGCCGUGUGGCUUUCGAAGACGUGGCUGUCUAUUUCACAGUGAGUCAGUGGUCUCUGCUGGGUCCAGGCGAAAAGGCUUUAUAUCGGGAAGUUAUGCAAGAAAAUUACAGGAACGGGGCCUCUUUAGGUUUUUUUGUGAUCAAACCCAAGUUGAUCUCUCAGCUUGAGCAUGAAGAAGACCCCUGCAUUCCAGACCAGCUCUUUGGGGUGGAAAAGGAGACUGUAUUAGAUACUGACCCAGAAUCUCCUGAUGUGAUAAUAAAAGUGGAACAAGAGGAAGAGCCAUGGGUCCUGGAACACCAGAUGUAUGUGGACAACGAAGCCCUACCAGAGACCAGUUCAGGACAUUUUGACACUGUAAUAAAGGAAGAGGAGCCGUGCAUCCUGGAUCACUGGGGAUCUGAAAAAAAUGCCCAGGUUGAGAAGUCAGAGUUUCCUGGUAUAAUAAUCAAAUUGGAGCAAACAAAGGAAAUGUGGACUUUGGCUUCUGAGGGCAGUACAAUUGUCUCAGAUAUUCAGACAGAAAAUGGGCGUGUGAAAGAGGAAAAUGACCUCUUACUAGGAUGGACACACAAAAGGACAAUGGAUAAAGCACCAUUUGGAGUUUCCCCUGGCAGAAUUUCUCAUUAUUUAAAGAAAAGACGUAUCUCUCUGGAUGAAAGCAGAGCAGAGAGGUAUUCCAGAAAUGUUUUGAGGAAGAGAGUAAAAAAGGCCUUAUAUUGUGUAGGAGGUGGCCUCACUGAUCUCAAACUCCAGAACAGAAUUCACAAGCCCAGGAGAUGGCUUCAGGAAGAAGAGGAACCUUAUAAAUACUUAGAUGGUAAGACGAGAACUGGUUGGAGAUACUAUUUAAUGAACCACGGAAAAAGCCGUACAGGAGAGAAACUUUAUACGUGCUUAAUGUGUGGGAAAAAAUUCUUUCAGAAGUCCCAUCUCAUUAGACAUAAAAUCAACCAUGCAGGUGAGAGACCGUAUAAGUGUUCAGCCUGUGAGAAAAGUUUCAGUCAAAGAUCCCAUCUCAUUAGCCAUGAAAGGAGACAUACGGGGGAAAAACCGUUUGCGUGCUCUGUCUGUGGUAAAAAACUGAGUCGUAAAGCACUCCUCGUUAGACAUGAAAGAAUACAUACAGGAGAAAAACCCUAUCAGUGCUCUCUGUGUAAUAAAAGCUUCUCUCAGAGUUCUGGCCUUACUGCACAUGAGAUCACCCACAGAGGAGAAAAACCACAUGCGUGUUCUAUCUGUGCAAAACGCUUCAGUCGCAAAGCAAGUCUGGUUAGACACGAGCGAAUUCAUCUGGGAGAGAAACCGUACCCUUGCCCCAUCUGUGGCAAGACGUUUAGCCAGUGCUCGGGUCUUCUGCAGCACGGAAGACUUCAUACAGGGGAGAUUCCCUAUAAAUGCUCGAUCUGUGGAAAAAGCUUCAGUCGUAAAGAUUGUCUUCUGGGACAUCAGGGAACUCAUACAGGAGAAAAACCAUAUCUAUGCUCAGUCUGUGGGAAAGGUUUUAGCUGGAAAAGUUACCUGGCCAUCCACAAGAGAUGCCAUAAGGAAGAAAAAUUAUAUAUAUGCUCAGUGUGUGGGAAAAGCUUCAACCAAAGAUCCAAUCUUCUUAGUCACGAAAAGACUCACACCCAAGAGAAAACCUAUACGUGCUCCAUCUGUGGGAAGAACUUCAUUCACAAAGUCAGCCUUAUUAGACAUGAGCGAGUCCAUACAGGAGAGACACCCUAUAAAUGCUCCGUCUGUGGGAAAGGGUGCAGCGGGAGGACUAACCUGAUUUCACAUGAAAGAACUCACACCCAAGAAAGGCCUUACCCGUGCACGUUCUGUGGGAAAAGCUUCAAGCAAAGAUCCAACCUCACCAGCCAUGAAAGAACCCAUACUGGAGAAACUCCGUAUACGUGCUCAAUCUGUGGGAGAAGCUUCAGCUGUAAAGCCAACCUUCUCGGACAUAUGAGAACCCACACGGGGGAGAAGCCAUAUUCAUGCUCAGUCUGCGGGAAAAGGUUUGGUAAUAAAUCCCAGGUGGUUAUUCAUGAAAGAAUUCACACUGGAGAAAAACCCUACACCUGUUCGAUCUGCGGGAAAAGGUUUAAGCACAGAACAAGCUACACGGAACAUCAAAAAAUCCACACCCAGGAAAAGCCAUACACAUGUUCUGUCUGCGGUAGAAAGUUCAGCCGUAAGGAACACCUGGUUAUUCACGGGAGAAUCCACACAGGAGAGAAACCGUAUUCGUGCGGGGACUGUGGGAAAAGUUUUAAGCAAAAAUCGAGUCUUACAUCCCAUGAGAGAAGCCACACGGGAGAGAAACCGCACACAUGCUCUGUCUGUGGGAAACGUUUCAAUCGAAGGUCAAACCUCAUUCAUCAUGAGAGAAUCCACACAGGAGAAAAGCCACACUCGUGUCCAGGUUGUGGGAAAAGUUUCCGGAGCAAAGCGUACCUGAGGAGACAUGAAAAAAUCCAUACUAGAUGAAAAAGUCCCUAUGCGUAACUUCUGUCUACUCCAGGAACAUCUGCAGAGGAGGAUGCAGGGAGGCAAAGGUCAAAAGCAGAAUCAUGCUGCGAACUCCACGCCGUUUCGAUGCGCAUCAUGACUUUGCAUGUAUUACAGGCAGGGUGGAACAUGUGACAUGAUGGCACAAUGUUUUUGCCAUUUUGAUGAAAUCCUCCAAACCUGUGGACCUCUCUGAACCUCUCCACAUGUAUCGCACUGAACGCAUCACAUAGCAAAAAGACUUUUAAGGAACAAGUGAUAUAAUAGUCGCUUUUAGAGGUAACACUAAACCACAGUUUAGUGCAGUGUUGUCCAAACUUGGCCACUUUAAGA